GCGAUGGAUAUCCAGCUUCCCGUCUGGGUUCCUGGGCUGACACGCUGGGAUAUCGCAUGGGUCCCCAAAGAGCAAAGUAUGAAGCUGAAAGAGGCAAGUCUUCCCAGCGGUCAUCAGAAGUCCUGAAGGAAAUCCUGAAGGACCUGGACAAGGCAGCGCUUGAGAUGGACCGUGAGACUGCGGAGAAUGAGGCGCUUCAGGAAGGAGGCAGUCACGCGGUGCCAGUCUCUGAUGACAGAAGAGGGGCAAUUCAGUCAGUGGAGGUGCCAGGCGUGGAUGGCACGAGAAACAGAAAUGCUAUGGAUCCAAAAGCUUUCCAGAAGUACUGCAUAGAAGGCGCCGUGGCGGUCGUGGGCUCCAUAUUGCUUGGGAUGGUUUUCUGUUGUGUGAUCCGCCUGUGGAGGAAGAGAAGGCGGCGCCUCGCCGCAGCUUCGAGAGCCCGGCCCGACACCAGCAGCUGCCCCUCACACCCGGACACCUGGACUGCCCACCCCAGCACCUCCAAGAGCUGGACCCAACACCAGCAGCCGUCACAUGUGCCUGGAAAAGCGGCCCACCAGCCACGGAGCACCGGCGGGGAACCAGCCUCCACCAGCCCGGACGGCCGCCCGGCCCGCCCGCCUCCGCCCCGGCCCAAAUGGCUGUCCAACUCAGCCAGCCAGGUGUUGCGGGACCGGCCCAGCACCCUCCGGGCCCCGGAGAAACGGCAACCACCCCCUCGCCCCCCAAGCCCAUUUCUCCAGCCCUCCUGCAAGGGCCUGGGGCAGUCCCGCCAGGAUAUGGAUUUGGGGAGCGACGGUGAAUGCGAGGGCCAAUAGGGGAGUGACAACAAACACGAUUUCCUUGGAUGACAAGGUCACACACCUAGUUGGCCAAGAGAAGCCAGCUGAUGUGAUCUUUCUGGAUUUCAGUAGAGCUUUUGAUACUGUCCCUCACAGUCUCCUCCUGGGCAAAAUGUCCAGCACACAGCUGGAUAAA